ACGUCAAAACACAUGUGCGCCGCACCGAUCGCGCGGGCGCAUGUUUUCACGAGUCCGUGCUUAUUUACAUCGAGGUUGAAGAAAGAAAGGAAAAAAGGUGGUCCACAACAAUCCGAUUCCCGAUAAUCAUUUGCCAGAAUGUCCGACGACGAAUGUCCGCCGCUGUGCGAGAUGGAAACGGGCGGCGACUCCAACGGGGAGGAGGAGGAAGCGGACGAGUGGGAGGUGGCCGAGGAGCAGAACGACCCGGUGCGGUGUCUGUUUUGCGAGCAGAUCUCGCCCACCAUGACGGUGGCGAUCAGGCAUGCGAAGGAGCAGCAUGAGUUCGAUUUGGGGGAAGUGCGGAGGCGGUUCCACCUGGACGAGUAUUCGUACAUCAAGAUGAUCAACUAUAUCCGGCGGGAGAAGCCGGAGCCGGCGGUGUUUCGGAGUGGAACGAGCGCGUUCUGGACGGAUGACAAGUAUCUGAAGCCGGUGGAGAACGAAACGUGGCUGAUGUUUGAUUUGGACGAGUUGGAUGAGAUUUUGCUGAACGGGAACGGGGCGGGAAGUGGUGGGGCUCGGGAGAAUGGGAACGACGUCGGGGACACGAUGACGCUGACCACGGACCAGUACCGGAAGUUGCAGGGAAUCAUCAACGAGCUGACGGCGCAACUGCGCGAGAAGGAGAACCUGCUACAGCACGCUGCCAGUGAUAUUGAGAAGAUGAAGGAGAGCUUCCGAAACCUGCUGGAGCAGCAGGAGCAGAAGAAGUCGAAAGCUCCGGAGGAAAAGAUUGCACAAAUCCGAGAGGAGUUGAAGCACUGCGUCAGCACGGUUGCGGUCGAGGACGAUCAGGGCUAUUUCAACACGUAUUCUCACUUUGGAAUCCAUCACGACAUGCUGAGCGAUUACGUACGGACGGCUAGCUAUCGGGACGCGAUCCUGGAGAACGGUGCAAUAUUCCGGGACAAAACGGUGCUGGACUUGGGCUGUGGAACGGCCAUUCUGUCCAUGUUUGCGGCCAGGGCUGGCGCCAAGGAUGUGAUUUCCGUUGAUCAAUCGGACAUAAUCUACCAAGCGAUGGACAUUGUGCGACGCAACAAGAUCGAUAACAUCAAGUUCGUCAAGGGACGACUCGAGGACAGUGAACUUCCGGUGGAGAAGGUUGACAUCAUCGUUUCCGAGUGGAUGGGUUACUUCCUGCUGUUCGAGGGCAUGAUGGACAGCGUGAUUUACGCCCGCAAGCAAUAUCUCAAAGAGGGCGGCUUCAUCCUUCCGAACCGGUGCAACAUCAGCUUGGCCGGGUACGGAGACCUCGAUCGGCACAAAGAGUUCAUCGGCUUCUGGAAGGACGUGUAUGGGUUCGAUAUGUCCUGCAUGAAGAAGGAAGUCCUGCGCGAAGCCACCGUCGAAGUCUGCAAGCCAGAACACGUAAUCACAAACGCCAACAUCAUCGCAAACUUUGACCUCAUGGAGGUCGACGUGGACUGUCCCAACUUUAGCUACGACUUUGAGCUCACCGUCAAGCGCGACUGCACCCUUACGGCCCUGGUCGGCUACUUCGACACCUUCUUCGAACUGCCAGAGCACGUGGAGUUCUCCACCUCGCCGUACACCAAACCAACGCACUGGAAGCAAACCCUGUUCUACGUCGAGGAACCCAUCCCGGUGCGCGAGGGCCAACAGAUCAAGGGCAAGUUCGUGUGCCGACGUGACCCCAAAGACGCCCGCUCCCUCUUCAUCACGAUCGAGUACCUCGGCAAGGUGCUCAAGUACACCCUAAACUAGCAGAUUGGCAUCCUGAUCCUGCUCAACUAAACAAGGUAAUCGACCAAUACAGAGAAAACAAGAAAAAAAACAGCUUUAAGCGACACAGAGAAAAAAAUCAAGAGCUUUCACAAGAUUUCACAUUUUUACGAUUGAAACGAUUGAGCGCGCGAAAGAUAAAACCGAACACGGUGGUUGUGAAACGACAAAAUAAGAGAAACACACUGGAACUGCCUUGCAGAAACAAAAACAAACGAUUCUUCCCAACUUCUCACAAGAAAGUAACUCUAUACUACCAACGUUAUGCUACCUACCAACUAGUUUGUUAGAACUUCUCGCCACCUUAACAAAAAGCAUAUAAACCGACCAACACGAAAACAAACUCGUAGAGUACACACAAGCUUUAAUUUUGAAACCUAGCGCGACAAUCAGUUUGUAACACACUCUCACGCAGCAGACCAUCAUUACACCCAAUCAAAAAUGGAAGGAAAAAGCUUUACGUUUACUUGAAAUCAAUAGUAGGAAAAACAACUUAUUGCCAGCGUAGUGUAGCGCCAGUUUUUUGAUAAUUACACAAAAAUUAGAAUUUCCAGAAACCAACGGGAAGAAAAGCAGGUUGAACGAAUUACUUAAUAUAUAUUUAAUAUAAACUACAAUAUUAAAAAAUACAAUACUAAAAAUUACAACAACAAAAAAACAAGUUGCAGAAACAGAAAUAGUGGCUAGCGUGUAGAAACAGUUUACAUUUCACAGUAUGCAUUUGAUAUUUGAAAAUCUAAAGUUUACAAAAUAAAAUAAAACUAGUUCAGAAACGGCAAAACACAGAAUUCGCCAUGCGAAGACACGUUUAACGAUUAAACAAACAUAUCGAACCUUUUUCAAACUUAAAACGUUAGAGCAGUAUUAAAAAGUUGUUGCACUUUUUGCUUCCAUAUUGUUGUAAAAUGCUUACAAUCUUGUUCCCUAGCUUAAACCUGGAUUGUAAAGAGUUAAUGAUGCGCAAAAAGGUCGGUUCCAGAAGAAAAUUAUGUCACGGCAGUGUUGUCAGAUCUGAAAAUCGUUGAACUGUCUAUUGAUGCACAAAGUAAGACAGAUUCCAAUGCUAUGAUUGUUCAAUCUCGCAGCAACCGUUCUGGAAUCCACUUAAGUGCUUGUAACCCAAAACAGGGUUGACAGAUUUUUAAUUUGUAAUUUGCAAGAUCACAUAAAUUUGAACCGAUGUUUAAUCCACCGAAUUUGUUUGCGAUCCACACAAUUUUUGAGCAACGGUCCAAAGAUGGAGGGUUUUUUUAAAUGGCCUUUCUAUAAAAUAUAGCAAAAAUAAAUAAAGAAAAUCUCAUUUGCAAACAAAACAGUCAAAUGUGAUAUUUUCAUAAAUUUUAUUUAUUUUUGAGGUUAAGUACCUUUAUUUUUUCGCCGAUUUUAACUUUUUCGACUAAUUUUUCUUUUUUUGUCUAUUUUUUUUUUGAAUUAAAAAAAUAUUGUGUUGAUCCGAGAAUUGGUUUCUAUGUAUUUACCUGCAUUUGAUUUUCAAUUUAAAAAAUAUUUCUCGUAAAAUUAUAAAGCUAUAGAAUUUGCCAAAAUCGGUGGAAAAACAAAAACAAGUUUUAAAAACAAAUUCUUCUGUGUUUUUUUGUUUCAAUUUUUAAAUAAAUUUUACUCAAUUCACCUUGAGGAUCAUUCUGUAAAUUCGAUGCCAACAUUUCAAAAAGCAUCAUGUACAAACCAUGCGUUUUGAGAAAAACGCAUUUGAUUGUUGAGCAUCCAUUUUCAAUUACCAUUUUUAUAUAAAAGCAAAAUAAGAUGUUCUAAUGAUAACAAACGAUGAAAAACGUUGCUUUUGUUGAUACUUGAUCAUCCAUAUUCAAUCUUGUAUUCAAUAAAACAUUAUUUCCGUAAUUUUAUUUGAGAAAAACAAACAUAACUUCUUUUGAAAGCACCAACGUCGAUAUCACCCUGCUGUCACUGAGGGGGGCGCUUUGUUAUGAUUCGUUUUUCUUCGCCGAAUGUACAUGGCGCUUUUUUCAUGUUGCUUUUUUUUCGUCACGAGGUUUAUGUAGCCUUUUGUUUGACAGGUUGACAGGGCUAUAUAAACAGGGACUGCUGAUGGCAGAGAUUUUGUUUAUGUUACUUUAUUUAAAAUCAUGAUUAAACAGACUUUACUGAAGUAACUUUUGCUCAUUUUUGGUGGAGAGGUAGCUUAUUAGAAGUACUUUCAGAAUAUACAAUAACCCAGAAAGUGUCAAAAUGUACAUGAUACCUUUUCAAAUGUUACCGUCGAAUUUUGGGAUCUUUCCGAGGAUCUUUCACUAAAAUUAUGCGCAUCAAACCGACGACGUCAAACUGUUGUUGGUAUUUUUUUGAGUAUAUCUGAAACUAAAGGAAUAUAUCCUUCUUUCAAUGUAUUUUUUUAUCAUCUGCACAAGACAGCUCGAUUUUAAAAUAAGGCCUGUACAAACUUUAUUUGAUGUUUUUGUCUCCCCAAAAUUGGCCCGAAAAUCGAGGAAAAAAAGUAUUUUUUCAAAAAUUUCCAAAUUUCAAUGAAAACUUAAGUGGAAUCAGCUGUAAUAAAUUAAAAUUUAAUUCCCUGCGUUUAUCAAAACAGUAUGGCAAAAGUUAAAUUAGUUGUUCAUUUUAUUUAGAUUAACUGAGACAAAAACAUAGUAUAAAAAUUAUAAAAAAUACAAAUAUUGAAAUAAAAAGCCACAUUUUUAACAUUUGCAUAAAAAAGUUGUUUUAAAAUGCAUUUUAAACUAGUUCAGUUGUUUUGCAAUCAUUAGUUUUCAAAAAAUGUAAGAUUAUACAAAAAAAAUUAAAACUCAGCCAAAAACAAUAAAAUAUAAUAUUUCAAGGUUUUUAUUUGAAUUUAAAACAUGUAACUUUCAAAUACUUACAAAAUUAUUGUAGUUUACAACAACAGAUACUAUUUUUAUUUAGCAUACGUGAUUAGUUAAAUUUAACAAAGGUUUACUCUCAGUUUUACUUUGAUUUGAUUUUAAAUGUACUUCUGAAAAAAAAAAUAAACUGUCACAAUUUAAAUGACUGGAAUUCGGAAUACGCCUAGCAAUCGUUUGUUAUACGCAACACAUAAAAAAAUAACGUGUCCGUUUUAGUGAGUUUAUUUAUUUUAUUUUAAAAUAAGUGCUGAGUUUUCGAGAAAACAAUUUAUUGAAUUAUUCAGAAGUGUUUUCUAUCCAAUGGAAAAUAAUAAUAAAAUCUUGAAUAAGGUUUUAUGUUUUUAUUUUCGCAUUUUUGCUUAUAUUGUAAAAAGCAAAUGAUUUUAUAAUAUUAGUUUAUGCAAAAAGGUGCAAAAGGUAGUUUUUUUUAAGCACGAGUCGUACAUUUAUCCAACGAGAUUUACCGAGUUGGAUAAAUAUGACGAGUGCUGAAAAAAUCAUGUUUUGCAACGAGUUGCUUACAACCCUUUUUUUUUGCAAUUCCGGAAUACGCUUUUUCAAUGGAAUUUUAUGUCAAAAAUCCAUUUGAAUUCCAAUAUUGAAAAAUGUUAUUUUUCAAUACUAGUGCCGAAAAGUUUAACUUUUCAGCACCCAUUUCAGUGGUAGAACUUUUUACUGGUACUGAAAUUUAUUAAUUUUCCAUUCGGUAGAGAAAAGUAGGCCUUUUCGUCGCUCGAGAAUGACAGGAUUUUUUUUUUUUUUGCGGGUUGCAAACGAUUACUUGAAGAAUUCCUUUUAUUUUAGUGAUUUAAAUUUUGAAAGUUUAAAAAAUUUAAAAUAAAAACGAGCCAAAACCUUGAGGAAAACAUAGUUGAAUAGAACUGAUUACGUUAAUUAAAUUAAAAAAUACUGUUGUUUUUAACUACAAUAAAAUUUAAAUAUAUAAAAAUACUCUUUGAAAUACUCUGUUUAAAAUUAAAAACUUUUUUUCAGGCUGUUUUGUUAUUUGAGUUUUUUUUUUCCUAAAUCGGGAGCAUGACCAUGUUUUUUUUUAUUUUAAAUUUGUUUUCCCCAAAGAAAUUAGUUUUCUGGAAUAGUUCAUUAAACUGUUAAAAUUUCCACUUUUUAUUGACAUUUUUUAUGAUUUGAAACCAUCUGUUGGAUUAAACAUUCAUGUUUUGAUGGGUCUUUUGUGGGCUCUGUAGCAAGUUUCUGCUCAUUUCAAGGCGCCCGAAGGUUAUGUGUGGUGAGUCACCCAAAACCUCUUUUUACGCAAAUGGACCGACGUUUUACUUCCCCAUCCGAUAGAAGGCCAGAAGGAUAAGGCGGGAAUCGAACCCGCGCCCCAUAGCAACUUAGGCGCCACGAGGCCCUCGAUGAUGCAAUCAUCUUUAAUCGAAUCAUUUUUUUUACAUUUGUUGACGUGCCACUCGAGCUACUGUGCUAUGGGUUUGUGCACUUUCAACAUCGAUUCGUUGCUAAAGCAAGCAGGCUGGCAAUAAGCUAGGAGUGAAACAUGUGGUCAUGUUUAUAAUAAAACUAACCAAUUUUGCAAGCUUACUAAAAAUACUCUAAAAGUUUAGCCAACUCAUACUUAGCCGCUUACGAACUUGUAUAAAAAAAACAACCAACUAAAAUGUUACCGUUCCCUGCACAAAGCAGCAACAAUAUUUUCGUUAAUCAAACUUGUCUGUCGCUAUAUUCUCGUGUAAACUAUACUUAGAAUAGAAGAAACAAUCUAAAGGAGGUAUUAGACUAGGGCAAACAAACAAACUCGUACAUUUUGACAGUUCGUCUGCGUUGUUUGUUCGCCAACAUUUGUUUGCAGAAACGUCAGCUUGCAUACAUUUUGUCUGUUUUGCGAGUUUGGCAAACUGUCAAACGCAAAAAAGUGCGAUUGUUUGUUUUUCAUAGUCUAAUACCACCUUAACCAAUCAACUUGAAAAAAAACGGUGGAAAGCUUUCAAAAGUCGCUUUAC